AUGUCUGCUGGGCUAAUGCCUCGUGCCAGGGUGCUUCUCCCUGAUUCCUUCCCAGAACACAAUUCUUUUCCAAAUAUUUGUAGUCAAGCCGCCAAAGUGGAGAGUGUUGUUGCACCAGGGGUUCCUUCUCAUUUCAGAGUGGGGGGAGGAGGUGGGGGUGCACCUCAGCACUUUCCCAAGGCUGAAAGCAAAAGCGAGUUCCUGGGGAAGCCCCCAGGUUCUGCCGCUCAGAGAUGGAUACCUUCUCGAAGCACUAGGCGAGAGGCCAGUGUGUCUGCUGAGAAAGUGCAGCAUGAUGCAAUCUUCAGAAAAGUGAGGGGCAUUCUUAAUAAGCUGACACCUGAGAAGUUUGACAAACUGUGCCUGGAGCUCCUCAAUGUGGGUGUGGAUUCUAAGCUUGUACUGAAAGGAAUUAUCUUGUUGAUCGUUGACAAAGCCCUCGAAGAGCCCAAGUACAGUCAGUUAUAUGCUCAGCUAUGUCUACGCUUGGCAGAAGACGCACCAAACUUUGAAGAUCCAGCAACAGAAAACCCUGCAACAAAAAAGCAGAAUACAACCUUCAGAAGACUUCUCAUUUCCAAGCUUCAAGAUGAGUUUGAAAAUCGUGCCAGAAAUGUUGAACUCUUUGACAAACACGAUUGCCCACUCACCUCUGAGGAGGAGGAACAGCGUGCUGUUGCGAAGAUUAAAAUGCUUGGCAACAUCAAAUUCAUUGGAGAACUUGGGAAACUCCACCUUAUCCACGAAUCCAUCCUCCAUAAAUGCAUCAAAACACUUCUGGAAAAGAAGAAGAGAGUCCAAAUUAAGGAUAUGGGAGAAGACCUGGAAUGCCUCUGUCAGAUAAUGAAGACGGUGGGACCAAAACUUGAUCAUGCAAAGGCUCGGUCCCUGAUGAAUCAGUACUUUGGCCGCAUGCAGGCCUUGACCAACAACAAGGAAUUACCUGCAAGGAUUCGCUUCCUGCUGCAGAAUACAGCAGAGCUGCGCGAGAACAACUGGGUGCCUCGUAAAGCUUAUUUUGACAACGCACCAAAAACGAUCAAUCAAGUUCGUCAGGAUGCCAUAAAGGACUUGGGUGUCUUCAUUCCCCCUCAAUCUGAUGGCUCGAGGUCUGACUUUUUCAUGGAUAAUGCCUUCCUGGACUGUUCUUUUCUACAGGCCAGGAUCAGAUUUGACAAAGAAGGGCUUGGGGGGCUUUCUGAUAUGUUUGGACAAAUGCCUGGAAUUGGAAUUGGAACAGGUCCUGGAGUUAUUCAGGACCACUACUCUCCAACUUUGGGCCGCCACCGCUCCAACCCAAUUUUCAAUGGCCAUAUUGGGAUUAACAGUUUGCAUCAGCCCCCGUUUGAUACAGGAAGCAAGCCUUUUAUCAAGCCAAUGCAGGGUCAGAGUUCACCAGUUUUCAGCCAUAAACAGAAUGGCUCAGUUCAGAUGCAGUCUAAGGAUAUGGGCCCACGCUUUAGCAAGAAAGGGAAGCUCAAUGUUGAUGAGAUCAGCCUGAGGCCAGCACAGUCAUUCAUCUUAAACAAAAAAGUGCCAAAGCUGCAGCCACAGAUGACGAUGAUGCCGCCAAGUGCCCAAGGUUCCUUAAUGGGGCAGUCCCCACAGCUUGGUCUUAAAACCAGUCCUCCACCGAUUCAGGAAAAACCCGCAAAGUCCACCAAAAAACUACCUCCAACUAAGGAAGAGCUGCAGAAAAUGACGGACACACUUGUUGCUGACUAUAUGAACGGCAAGGACGUCAGUGAGGCUGUGGCCACUAUGAAGGAGAUGAAGGCUCCUAAACACUUUUUAUCUGAGAUGCUGAACAAGAUUGUGGUGUCUUCGCUCAGUCGUACAGCUGACGAUAAGGAACUUGCGAGCGCCCUGAUCCACGAGCUCUGCACAGAGGGCCUUGUCACAAGCGAGAACCUUCUGCAGGCCAUUCUCGGUGUCCUGGACCAGUGUCCCAAGAUCGAGGAAGAAGUCCCUCUGGUGAAGUCGUACCUGGCUCAGUUUGCGGCACGGGCCGCCGUCGCUGACCUCAUCAGCAUGACUGAUCUGGCCCACCAGCUGGAGAACGGCGCCCAUUUCCCACUCUUCCUGCUCUGUCUGCAACAGAUGUCCAAGCUCAAGGAUCGCGAGUGGCUCGCCGAUCUCUUCCAGAAGAGCAAGGUUAACAUGCAGAACAUGCUACCCGAAAUGGACCAGAACAAGGACCGGAUGCUGGAGAUUCUGGAGGGCAAAGGCCUGAGCUUUCUAUUCCCACUGAUGAAGCUGGAGAAGGAGCUUCUGAAGCAGAUCAAAGUGGAUCCAUCUCCACAGUCCAUCUAUAAGUGGAUUAAAGACAACAUAUCUCCCAAACUCCACACUGACAAAGGCUUUGUCAAUAUCCUCACAACCAGUUUCUUGCAGUACAUCGCCUACGAGAUAAACCCUGACGAUGACGAAGAGCAGCUGGCGUCUCCUAGCAAGGAGCAGCUGGACGAGGAGAAGCAACUGCUGCUCUCGUUCAAGCCCGUCAUGCAAAAGUUCUUGCACGAUCACGUUGAGCUGCAAGUCAGCGCGCUCUACGCUCUGCAGGUCCACUGUAAUGCUAAACACUUCCCGAAAGGCAUGCUGCUGCGCUUCUUUGCCUACUUUUACGACAUGGAAAUCAUUGAAGAAGAAGCCUUCCUGACAUGGAAAGAAGACGUCACCCAAGAGUAUCCGGGAAAAGGCAAAGCGUUGUUUCACGUGAACCAGUGGCUCACCUGGCUGGAGACCGCCGAAGACGAGGAAUCCGAGGACGAAGAUUACUAAAAUCCCCCACGUCGGAAUUUGAUUCCUUUUUUUUUUUUUUUUUUUUUUUUACUUUGCCUCCGUCGGCAACAACGCCGCUGUUACUAAUCGACCUAAACCAGCGUCAACACGUCGUCAUAUUGAAAGAUGUAAUUUGUCAAAGUAUUUUUUGGGGAAUUGAUUUGCGUUUAGUGUAACAGUGUUUUUCUGAACAUAGACACGCACGGUUUCAUAAUCAGGUCGCAGUCAUCAAGUGCUGCUUGUUUACAAGUGAACAUGCAUUAUAAAGAGACUCAUUUUUAUCUGUUUUUAGAUCCACUUUGCUGCACAUCAUGAGUCGUUGCAAUAGUAUCAUACACUUUUUCAUUUUGAAAUAAAGAACAAUCCUAAGUUGCAGAUUUUUUUUUGGGGGGGGGGGGGGGGGUAAUUAGUGUGCUUGACAGCUGUAUGGAAGCUCCUCCAGUCGUUUUGUUUUCGUCUUGAAUUUGACACCAGGCGGCCAUUUUAUUGUCCACACAAAAUGUUUGUGGCACAAGCAGUUAAAGAUGGGAGCAUCAGACAGUUGCCAUUUAUUUUUUUUCUAAGCAAUGAGUUUUUUUUGCUUUUAGAGGGUGCUUAUCUAUAUUUGAUGCUUGUAAAAUUACUUUUGAUAGUUUUUUUUGUUUUGUUUUUACAUCAAGCAUUUGGAGUGUGGAUGUUUUGUGCUGUAAAAAAAAAUAAAUCUGUUGCCUUUUUUAAUUUAUCACUUUUUAUGAAUAUACCUCUGUAUCUGACUAUACUUGAAAGUGUUUUAUCAUAUCGACAGCCAAAGCUUAGUUUCCAGUAUGCCAUAUCAUCGGGUUUUUAAGUGGUCUUUUUAAUCUCCUUGCAUGUGACCACCUGCGCUUUCUUUCGGGUGUCGCUGUAACGUAAGCAACGGUUUGAGUGGACAUCUGAUGAUCAACCUUAAAUAAAGUACAUUUCAUGGUCGCUCACUUGUCUGGUGCUUGUACAGUACAGUGGGGCCUUGAAAAAGAGUUUGUUCGGUGGCCAUGCUACACUUGUAUCUUUAUCGUUCCUCGUUUAAAUGGAAAUUUUGAUCUCUCCCAGCCUGCCCAAAGGUUUUUUGUUGUUGUUGUUUUUAAUAAGGAAACUAGCAGCCUGUAUAUUUUAUAAAAACAUAGAAAUAGAAUGUCAAGAAUUAAACUACACUAUGAUUAAUCCAC